GAAAUAUAUAAUGCCACGGAUAUUACAGCACGUACAUGUGCCAGUGAAGUCGCGGCGGCGGCAUCUGCUCGGCCUCCUGUCUUCCGACCCGAGCACACCAUCGCGUUCCAGCAUCGUCGUCUACUUCCACGGCUUUCCCGACCUGUCCGUGCACCCAGAUACGUCGGUAACUCCGGCGUUUGCCAGCCGCUUCCCGAGAAAGCUGAACGAGCUCCUGCCUCUUUCGUUUGACCUGCUCUGUGUCAACUUUUCAGGGCUCCCAGGCUCCGAUCAUGAUGUACCCUACCGAAGCAAACUACUAAGCCAUGAGGUGGACGAUGCCGAUGCUAUCAUUGCGUUCUGCGAGCACGAGUUACGGAUGCGGCAUGUUCACAUAGUUGGCCUCUCCACGGGGGCGAUCCUGGCGUCGCUUGUGCGGAAUCAUGUCGUGCACACUUCACUCCGGUCCAUUUCUGUAGUCGCAGGCAUCGCAGACACGACGGAAGGCGUGCACUUGGAUUUCUCCAUCGAUCAACAAGCCCAAGCUCAAACCGACGGCUUCUGCCUCACUCCGUUCUACUGGCCACCCAAUUGGCCACUCCCUCCUGACGCUGUCGACGUGGACAGUUCUACGGGAAAGCUUUGGCGCCCGCUAGAUCAUGGAUACCUUGCGGACAUGGUGGCAUUGGAUAUUGGGGUGAGCGUUGGCCUAGGAAAAGUCCCAUUCCUUGUCAUCCACGGCGAUCACGACAAGAGCAUCCCGUGGCAGCAGGGAGAGGCUUUGUUCUCCGCUGCCGCCCACCCCAAGGAAUGGCUCUUGAUCAAGGGGGCGAACCACCUCUUGACGAAUGCGAAGCAUGUGAAGAAAGCUGUGGCCGAGAUACAAGCGCACAUGCUCGCGUCGGAAGCGGCGGCGGCAUAACUCCAUUUGAUAGAAUGGUCAACGUAGUCACGUUAGCAUGAAUUGCUGUGAUAGAUUGUUGUGUACU